AUGUCUCAAUUGCAUCUUGCAACCACCAAACGUGCCACAUUUGUGCGUUACGGCUACGGGCCCUGUACAAAACACGGGCUUGUGCUCACUACAGAGGCACCGUUUGUGAUUUUUACUGACAGCGCGGACAAGCGGUUCGAAGAAUUCGCGGAUAGCGAUUUUGUCAAGGUCGACGAGAAUUUGGGGAUCAAGUACGAGAAGGAUGUCAUUUUCGAAGAUACUAUCCUACUCUUGAGGUACAAUUGUCCCGACAAGGAUUGUGACGUCGCGUGUCGCGGAUGGCCAGAUCUGCAUCGCCAUGUCAAGACCAAGCACGGAAAGGUGAUGUGCGAUUUAUGCACCAGGAAUAAGAAAGUUUUCACUCAUGAACAUGAACUCUUCACAUUGAACGAGCUUCGAAGGCAUGAAAAAUACGGGGAUGACAUGCCAGGGGCAGUCACUCAGUCCGGCUUCAAAGGUCAUCCGGAAUGUGGCUUUUGCAAACAGAGGUUCUAUGGGGACGACGAACUUUACACCCAUUGCCGCGAGAAGCAUGAGCGGUGUCACAUCUGUGAUAGACGCAACGGGGGGAGAAACCCACAGUACUACCUCAACUACCAAGAACUGGAGAAGCAUUUCGCGGCCGAGCAUUUCGUCUGUUUGGAUGCUGAAUGUCAAGCCAACAAAACCAAUGUGUUCGAAUCCGAAAUGGAUCUCAAGGCGCAUCAACUCUCUGAGCAUCCCAACGGGCUUUCAAAGGACGCCCGCAGAGAUGCCCGGCUCGUCAAUCUCUCAGGCUUUGAGAUUCGCACACCAUAUCAACCACAGCGGAGGGACGGUCGAGAGAAUCGUAGUAGUGGGAGAGGCCGGGAUCCCAAUGCUGAACCGCUGCCAAUUUCCAGCGCUCAACCUCUGAGUCGCGCUGAGCUCGCAUAUCAGAGGCAGAUGGCAAUUCAAAGCUCUCAGUCCGUAUCCAACAGGAAUUUCGGAGGGCAACUCACACAACCUACACGUUCUCCACACGUGCCUCGCGCCCAACCAGUUCCUGCAGCGCAGCCCCAGCCGUUGCCACCGGUAGAAAACCUCAGCCUCGAACCCGGUUCUACCCCAACAGCGAAUGCGACACCCCAGGAGCAGGCCCGUGCGCUGCGGCACCAAACCGUGAGCGACCGUGCCUCGACACUGUUGAAGAAUGACAAAACGAAGCUGUCACAAUUCCGCACCCAUGUCUCGGCCUACCGUAGCGGCACCAUCUCCGCAACAGACCUGAUCGACUCGUUCUUUUCUCUCUUCGACUGUCCUAGUACCGAACUCGGCAAGCUCAUCAGGGAACUUGCCGACCUGUACGAGGAUGAUGCAAAACGUCAAUCCCUUCUCCAAGCCUGGAAUGACUGGCGCAGCAUUAACGAAGAUUAUCCCAGUCUGCCAGGCCCAAGCGGGUCAUUGCCGGGCGCCUCGAGUGGCACCACAGGUUCGGGCAGUGGAAGACGAGUGCUGACCCUGAAGAAGAGUACAGCGCAGUCGUCUCGCUCGGCCGUCUCGAGACAAGGCUCAUGGGGCAACGCACUCUCCAAUGGUACGAGCCGGGACCCUUUCCCUGCUUUAUCCUCUGCGAACAACAACACUCGCAGAACGGCGACACAAGCAGCCUGGGGCAAUACAUCUGCACCACAAGUCGCCAGCACGACGGUGAGCGUGGCGCCUCUCUCCCGUCCAACCCCCACCACGGCAUCAACAAUCCGUCAAUCUACACACAACAGCCGGCCACCGAGGCCGACGGAGGAUAUGUUCCCGUCACUGCCGGCUGCGCCAAAGCCGAACACCAUGAUUUCGGGCUUCAACACUCGUGGCUCCGUCCGCUGGCUCGACUCAAGCCGCAACUCCCCAUCUGGCUCAGGAACAGCCACUCCAGCAAAUGCAUGGGCCAACGGUGGAUUGACUCCGACUCCUGCGCAGGCGGCUGCAGUGGCCAGGUCUACUGCUGGAAGCGCCAGCGCUGCGGGCUUCGGCGGUGAUUACGAGAUUGGAGAUGGCACAUCGGGAAAGAAGAAGGGCAAAAAGUCCAAAAAGGGCGAGACGCUGUUUCAUUUCGGAUAA